AAGCACAACCGCCAUGGCCCCACCCGCGACAAAACGAAGGAAGCUCGAGCACAGCGACUCGGAAGCUGAGAGCGAAGGGAGUUUUGCUGACUUUGGUGAGGCCGACACUGGAGCCGCGCUGGACGCAAGCAACGCCGAAGAUGCAACCGCCCAGAGCGGAGACGACAUGGACGGCGUGGAAGCCGCCGAAGAUGGCGAGGAUGACGAGAGCAUAAGCGAGGAUGAGGAAAAUGACUUCGAGGAAGAGGCAGAUGUUCAUCCGAGCAGAAAGCAGACCACCGCCGGCAAAGCGACGAGCGCAGCGAAGCCACCUAAGAGACCUGCGCCGAGCCUCCAGGACGGCGUAUACACCGCCGAGUCCUUCAAGUCAAACAUGUUCAAGCUCCAGCUGGAUGAGCUGUUGGAUCAGGUCAAGCUGAAGUACGGCAAGAGAGAAGCUCCUGCAGAGAACGCAAUGCGAACCCUCAAGACCAUCAUUGAGCAGAUACCCAGCCGCGAUCCACUACCGAUCGCUGAAGCCGAGAAAGCCCUCAAGUCAGCCGGUGUCGCAGUUCCCUUCCCCACUCCUCGCCCGCCGAAAGACGCCUUGUAUAAGCUGCAGUAUGAACGACCUGCGAGCAUCAAUGCGACCGGCAGUUACCCGCUCAAGACUGCGACUCGACACGAAGACGUCUUCUCCGUCGAUCUGGUAGUCACAAUGCCGAAGAGCAUCUUCACCGACAAGGACUAUUUGAACCACCGAUACUUCUACAAGCGCUCGUACUAUCUGGCUUGUUUGGCUGCUGGGAUCAAGUCUUCGAAAGAGCACAAGUUCAAACUGUCUUUCGACACUCUGAAUGGAAACCAGCUCCAGCCCAUUUUGACUGUACGUCCGAGCGGAAAUGGGGAUGCUGAUGACUUCUCGAGCUCCAAAUGCCAUAUCAACAUCUUGGUCGCAUUGCCAGAAAACACCUUUGCGCCAGGUAAACUUUUGCCCAACUCGAACUGCGUGCGCCCCAAAGGCAGCGACGACGAAGCGUCUGGCAAGGCUCUUGCUGCAACGCCAUUCUACAACAACACCCUACAGUCGGACACCAACGUCACAGCCUACCUCAAGCUUCUCCACGGUACCGCAUCGAGAGCUGAAGCGUUCAAGGAUGCUUGUAUACUUGGUCGUAUUUGGCUGAAGCAGCGUGGUUUUGCCAGUCAGCUUCGCAAGGGGGGAUUUGGCAAUUUCGAAUGGGCUGCAAUAAUGGCUAUACUCUUGCAGCCGAAUGCCGGAACUGGCGCUCAAACCGUUUCUUCUGGUUUCAGUAGCUAUCAACUCUUCAAGUCGACACUGCAGUUCUUGUCGAGAGGCGAUCUUACCAAGAAACCAUUCAUCUUCCAGGCAACCAACAUUACUAUACCAAAGACAGAGACUUCGCCUGUCGUGUUUGACGGACCGCGAGGACAGAACGUCCUUUUCAAGAUGACCCCAUGGUCCUACUCGCGCUUGCGAUCUGAAGCCAAAGCAACUGUAGACAUGCUGAGCGACUCUGUGUUCGAUCACUUCGACGCUGCCUUUAUUCUGAAGACAGAGUUGUUGAAGUACCGUUACGACGCCACACUCGAAAUCCCCUUCGCGUCGCUUGGAUUUGAUACAGCAGGCGAGGAAUACGACCAACGUAUUACCGAGACUUGCAGGAAAAUCAACAGUACCCUGACCCGCGCUCUUGGUGACCGUAUCACAGCUCUGUCUUUUACUAUGCCUGGAGAGGAAUCCUGGUCCAUAUCAUCGCGACGCCCGCAAGAAAAGCAAAGCAAGAGCAUACUUGUAAACUUUGCUACGGAUCCUGCAAACGCCACUCGUACCGUUGAUCAUGGCCCUUCCGCAGAGAACAAGCAGGAAGCUGCUUCCUUCCGCAAAUUCUGGGGCGAGAAGGCGGAGCUCAGGCGCUUCAAGGAUGGUAGCAUUCUCGAGAGUGUUGUUUGGUCCGUCAAAGACACAUCAGCUUCGGUGAUGGAACAGAUUGUGCUUUACAUCUUAGGUAAGCAUGUGGGCGACAAAGUGGCAGAGUCAGCCAGGUUCUCAAGUGAUGCGUUCGGCCGCCUUAUACCGGCUGGUCAGAUGCAGGGACAAUCCGGAACGGCGCCAUUCUUACCCAUUAUGAACGCUUUCAGUGCAAUGGAGAAGGACAUCCGGGACUUGGAAGAGCUCCCGCUUCGACUUCGUCAUCUGAGAGCCGCGGACCCGCAAUUACGUUAUUCAUCCAUCGAUGUUCCAUCCCCAGGCCACACUCCUGCCUCAGUCGUACUACAAUUUGAAGGUUCUGGACGCUGGCCGGAUGACCUUUGUGCCAUACAGCGGACCAAGAUCGCUUUCCUGCUCAGGCUAGCUGAGCUUUUGUCAAAGCUCGAAGCCGGCUACGUCGCUCGUGUUGGCAUGGAGAACCCGUCACAGCCAGCUCAGAACCAGGCGUUCCUUGAUGUCACUGUGGUUGCGGGUUUCACGUUCCGAAUCCGUAUCUAUCACGACCGUGAGCCUACUCUGUUCGAUCGUCAAAUCAAGGAUAAGUCGCUGGAUGGCGUAUCGAGAGAGUCCGCGGCUACAUCCCUGGCAUUGUACAAGCGCGAGUUCGUACAGGCGCCUCUACAUUCGCAAGUCCUACAAACCCUAUGUACCCGAUUCCUGGCCCUUUCACCAGCGAUACGGUUGACGAAGAAGUGGUUCGCGUCGCACCUCCUCGCCCCACACUUUUCCCCUGAACUUAUUGAGCUUCUCGUCAUUCGCACGUUCCUACAACCAUAUCCUUGGCCCGUACCUUCAACCGCAACCACCGGUUUCCUACGAACAUUGUCAUGGAUCAGUCGAUGGGACUGGAGACAUGUCCCGCUCAUUGUAGACUUCUCAACAACAUUUUCUGCAAACCCUGCAGAUCUGGAGGACACCACAUCCAAAGGCAUGAAGUCUGAAGAUCUCGACCGGUUGCGGACACGAUUCGAAGCAUGGCGUCGCAUAGAUCCCGCUAUGAACCGCGUCGUGCUCUUCGCUGCGACCAAUCUAGACGAAGAGGGUACAACUUGGACAAACAAAGCAAAGCCCGAGAAGGUCGUUGCUGCGCGCUUGACCGCAUUGGCGAAGGCCGCUACACAGGCUGUUCGUGCGGACGAAGAACGUCUGCUGGGGCACAUCAACAACAUAGAUGCUGCUAAGAUGCAAGAGGCUCUGAACCCAGGAUUGCUCUUCACACCUGGUGUCUCCGACUUCGAUAUAGUCAUAACUGUAUCAUCAAAGUACACUCUCAGACCAACAAAAUCUACCAAGAGCACACCCAAGUUCAAGAACCUCGACCUUCAAAAGGCAACAUCAAGUUUAUCGCCGGCCGUAACACCACUUCCACAGCUUUUUGCACAAGAUCUGUUAGAUGUCUAUGGCGAUGCUGUGUUAUGGUUCUGGGACCCGGAGACACUGGACAAAAUUGUCGGAUUAUGGAAUCCGAUAGCCACCGCACAGAGAGGUUGGAAGAUCAAAGCUGGAUGGAACAGCGUGCCAGUCACUGGAAAGAAGGAUACCGUUGAGAUCAAAGUAAAUUCAGAGGUCAUUGUGCAUGAGAUUAAGCGACUAGGUGGGGAAUUGGUUAAGAGCAUUGACGUCAAGAGCUAGUGUGUUGUAGGUAAUCAGAGAAUAGGAGCUUCUAUCACAAGAUUUUCAGAGAGACAAUGAAACGGAU